GAAUCAACUCAGCCCUCCUGGCCAGCCUCCCAAGUGGGCGUUCGGACCUACCUGGACUGCUCUCUAUGCUGGCAAGUUUGGAACCAGACUCGCCAUGUCAAUGCUCAGCUAAUAGCGAACUCGGUGGCCUGUGAUAUUAGCGAUGGGAUACGCCUCGCACUUGGCUUGGAAGGCUUACGAUAACGCUCUGACUCCCAAGGGAACCGAGGUCGCCGUCCGUUCCCUCGAGCUCUACUACGCCCAGCUCGGUCUCAACCUCCUCUGGACCCCGCUCUUCUUCGGGUUGCACAGGAAGGGUCUGGCCCUCGUCGACAUCCUCGCAUUGACGGGAACGUCGGCUUGGUGGGCAAAGUCGUUGUUCGAAAUCGGACCCGUCAGGGUUCCCGGGGUUGGGGAUCUUAACCCUGGAUGGUUGGCCGUCCCUUAUCUCGGAUGGUUGAGCUACGCCACGUACUUGAACUUGGGGUACCUCGUCUUGAACCAGGACGACAAGCCCAAGAAGUACUAAACUGGUCGUCAUCACAAUGUCGACUACACAGGGUCGAUUCCAUCAUUGUAAUACGAGACAGUACAGGCAGGAUACUAGCUCUACAGUAGCCGCCCGCCAAUUCUCGUAUAUGAAGCGUUUCCUAUAUACGUUACCGAGAGAUCGCAUUGAUAUCAACAGCCUUGACAUUGCGAUGGUCGAUGAAGCGAACAAGCAUUGUGGCUUG